AUGUUGGAUUACAUUUACACGGGAACAGAACCAGACCUCCACAGCAUGGCAGCUGCUUUGCUGGCAGCUGCUGACAAGUAUGAUCUGGAGCUUUUGAAGGUCAUGUAUGACAAGGUCAGCCUCCUCUGCAAUGUGAGCAUUGUCCAGGACUCCUUCAGAAUCCCAGACCAGAGCAGGAAGCCAGGGAUUCAAGUUCACAGAUGCACAUUGGCAGAUGUGCGAGAACAGCUGUGUGAGAAUUCCCACUUCACAGACUGCUGCCUGGAAGUAGCUGGCCAGGAAUUGCAGGCUCACAAGUCCAUCUUAGCAACUCACUCUCCAGUUUUCAGAGCCAUAUUUGAACAUGACAUGGAGGAGAGCAGAAAUAACCUCACUGAAAUCCCUGAACUGGAGCCACAAGUCUUCAAGACAAUAAUUUACACAGGAACAGCAGCAGCCCUCCACAGCAUGACAGAUGCUGUGGUGGCAGCUGGUGUCAAGUAUGGCCUGGAGUGUUUGAUGGUCAUGUGUGAUGAUGCCCUCUUCAGGGACGUCUCUGUGGAGAAUGCUGCCCACACUUUCCUCCUGGGUGACCUCCACAGCUCAAGGCAGCUGAAAACCCAGACACUGGAUUGCAUUACAACUCAUGGUUCUGAGGUCUCUGAGACCUCAAACUGGAAGACAAUGGUGGGCUCAUAUCCCCAUUUAGGGCCUGAAGCAUGCCUUUCCCUGGCUUCUGCUUAUUUCCCUUACUUGGAGCCUUCUUUCAAAUGCCUGAAGCAAUCCUAG